AUGGACUAGUGUGAUUUGAUGACGAUGACCGAAAUUCUCGUCUUAAGGGGCACUUCUAGUGAAAAAUAGCUCCCAGAAUAUAAAGUUAGUGCUUGAUAAGUCUGCAAAGUUUUCCUGUUAGGGAUGAGUAUGGGCCUUAAGCAUGUCAGAUCCUCGAUACCGCAACAAACAUCGAUCGCUUUGGCCCUCCCGACGAGUCAGCACAAGGCUAUCUACAUCCCAAGGCACGAUACAUUAUGAUACAGCACAUCAUUAUGACAACUCAUCAGCUGUUACAUCAUCUGCUAAUGUAGAAAUUCCUGCAGACACUGUUAUUGUGCAUCUUCCUGGAGUGACUUCUCCUAGAGGCUCUGCCAAGGAUGGACAUGAAGAUUCACCCAGGUUAAUGCAGCUACUACAGUCACGCACACCUCCCAUGUCAGUAAGCCAGACUGUUCGUAGUGAUAUGCCAAGCGAAGCUCAACUCAGUAGUGAUGAGGAAGAGUCCCGCAAUGGAAAGAGAAGUUCUCCAUAUGUUAAUGUGCACCAAACAGAGGUGCAUCCUGCUGUGACUGAAUCUUUUGUUAGGUCCUCUGGUAUGCACAGCAGACCUGUACAGACAGGACCAAUCUGUGCAACACCAGGGUUUUGUCAAGCUGGCGGAGAGCUAAGACUGGCUUACCUCAAUAGCAAAUUAGUGCACGUCUCUGAAGGUUUUACUCUUGUUGGUGCCAAAUCACCCAUGCUGCCAGGAAUGAUGCUCGUUGCUGAGGUGGACAAGAGGUUUCUGCCAGAUGAGAAGAACAAUGUCACAAUGCUGGGAUUUAGUGGAAAUUGUAUUGGGUGUGGAGCUAAGGGCUUUAGAUACUUCACAGAGUUUUCAAGUCAUAUCAAUCUGAAGUUAGCCACACAGCCUAAGAAACAGAAGCACUUGAAGUACUAUGUUGUAAUUGAACCCAGUGGAAGGCUACGCAAGGGACUGGCUAUUCCCUGGAAAGUUGAAGGUAGAAAACGGACCUUCCCACUGACAGGGCCUUAUGUACCGGCUGCUUAUACCUCUGCUAAAACUGAGAUGUCCAGUGAGAUGCCUCGACCUAAUGUAACAGUUACAUCAGCCCCUCAUCACUUGCUUACUCGACAGUCUCAUUCCACUUCCGUGUCAAGGCAGGAAUCUGCAUCACCCAGAGAUGAAGGCCUGCUUUUGAUGUCGUCGUCCAGUCAGAAUACUCAAGUUGACCAGUCUUAUCAUCCAGUGAUGUCGGUUAAACGAAGGCGUUGGGAGUCUGUCGGCAGUGAGUCGCCUCUGGAAAGUGAUGAUGGUCAUUCCAGUGAUACUGCACGAUCAUCGGUACAAGGAUCUGAUUCAGGAGACCUGCCAUCCACACCCUGGCUUACGGCAGCCUGUGGUGUUCGUCCAGUUCUUUUGUUAUGUCAGCACUCCAUACCCAAAAUACCCUGCAGCAUGGAGGACAUCAUCAUUAGUGACCUACUGGUUGGAUGUUUUGCCCCACCACUCGUCUCGGAUCGUAAUCAGUUUGGAAACAUGUCAGGAGUUUACAGCACCAGCUCAGCUGCAUCAUCGGACAGUCAGAGGACCAGGUCUUACCACAACAGUGUCCCGAAUCUAACAACUCAGAUGGCCGUGCUUCUGAUGGUCCAGUAUCUUUCUCAGUUUGUUCACGAUGAUCGCAUCUGUCGGGAGGAUGUGGAGUCGUUACUGCAGGAUGCCAGACUGGAGUUGACCGUAACCGCUCAGCAGCAGUCCCAGUCUCACCUGCUCGCUCAAAGCAAUGCGGUCACACACGUUCAACUUCCAGUGCUAGCAAGCCUAACAGCAGCCAACUCUAAAGGGCGAGUCAAAAUCGUGUCCUCGCCCGUGUCGUUAGAUAAUGCAAUUUUCAGAGCCUUGAAGUUUGUCUUAGAAAUUCACAGACACAAUCAGUCUAAGUUUCCCAAAAUACCAGUGCCUGACUUUAUUUUUGUGUUGGCCAUCUCACAGAAGAAAUCGCCAGAGUUUUGUGUGCUAGUUACCAGUGUUCUUCAAGCUAAGUAUUUGUCCGAGGCUAUGAUAGGUCAUCCUGUUGGUGCUCGGAUUGUAGACAAUCUUAGCAGACUUGAACAACUUUUUAAGCUUUCUAGCGACGCUCUAGAACAAAUGAUAGGCAACUUUGAGGAAGCCAUGGGUCAGGGGCAGUUUGUGUUUGUUCCGUUCAAUGGUUUUGCAAGAACGAAGGUGGUCGCAGAGGAGGCAUCAAAACUGGAACCCAGAGCUCCGGCAUCAGCCUACCCACUUCAGAGAGACACCUUGUUCGUUAGCCAGCAUCUUAUCGCAAAGCAACUUUUGGCCCAAGUUUGUGCCAUCGGGGAGAACAUUAACUCGCUUGAUCUGAACAGUUUUACGGCCGUUUCCAUGGCGAUCAUUGUGCCUCCAUUAACAACGCUGUUCAACCAAACCGCUGAGAGGCUCAGCAAGUCUGGACUUCUGACCGAGCUGGACCUUGAAACUGCUGACAAAGCUGCUUUGUUUAAAACAGCUUCAAAAUACGUCAUCAAACACAGUGGAAAGGACGAGACCGAAGGAGAAUUAUUAGAACUUCUAAAACAAGUGCAGAGCCAGCCUAAUGUUCUGUUUGUGGUCAUGUUUGAUCAAGCGCAGUUCUAUGCAAGCCCUCAAGGUGUUCUCGAUCUUCCGUACUAUAAAGAGUUUUUGGAAGCUCGUAACAUGAUAGCGCUGUUUGUUACGGCAACACCUUACCUCUUUCAAACUAACUGCUCCUUCAUUGAUCCUACUAAUGAGGUCUACUGGUCCGACAUUCGAAAUGAGACAGAUGGGAUUUCCUCAAGUGUGGUGGAAAAUGCUCAUAACUUGGAGACUAAUGAAGGCACGUAUUUUGGAAUGAAGGAAUAUUGCGAGUCUAUCAAAUGGACGCAUCAGUUUCCAUUGGUGAGGCAGGAUGACGCGUUUGAGAAGAUGGCCUUGCGAACCAGCAGAACCACUGAUGAUGUCAACUUAAGUGUCCUGAGGUGCUAUCUUCUCAUCCGACACUACUGCGCCGCUAUCAUGUGGUCAGCUGGUAUCAAGCCGGCCGAGCCACACUGCACACUAAAGACAAUACAGAUCAUGAGAGAAAUCAUCGAGUCCCCAGUACAUAAUACUGAUGGCAGCGGCGCUAUGUUGGUUAUACGCAUUCCUUCUGUGGAACUUUCUAAUCUGGCGUUUGAGAGCCUGAAAAACACUCGUAACAGGCUUGGAUUCCAGUUUAGAUUUGCGAUCAUCCACGACAAUGGUCACAGUGAACUGGAAAUUGAAGACUAUUUCCUGACUCGGCUAAGAUGGUGGAAAGAACACAGAGGUGCGUCAGGAGGCAAGAGUAAAUCUGCGAAAGAAUGGAGCCCAAAGUGCUUUGAAGAUCUUCACGAUCUUCCAUGUAUUAUUAUCAUUAGCGGCAGAGAGAGACCUGGGGACACUUUUCCGAGAUCCUUGAAAUAUAUCGACUUGCGGUUGAUAGACAGGGGAUUUGUAUAUCGUUCGUCCCUGGAGUUGGAAUUCAGCGCCAUUGCCUGUUACAUCGGCUCUGGAUCUGGUUCAAGGAGCGCUGAUGGCAGCAGUGAGUCCAGCGGGCAGACCAGCGCUGACGGGAAAGACGAAUCAAAUACAAGCAGUGGAACAGUGUGCAGAACGAGUCAUUACUCUUCCAACUAUCCGUUGCCCGUGAUCCUUGUUUCCCGAUCCGUCUUCAAAGCAUUCCAGUCAGAUUUCUACGGAUACCCGAAGCAUUUGCUGCUUCCGACAACACCGCAGACGCGCUGGGCGGGGCUUGGACGCCCACCCGUAGUGACGUCAAAUCCGCGUCACCAGUCGCUUUAUUACAGAGAGUGGACUGAACCCAAGCCCAAGCAAGUCCCAGGUCCUCAGCAGGACUCGGCCAAUCGACAGCCAGUGAUAACUUUAAGAAGUGCAAGUGGAGUCGUGAUAAGCCCGGAUAUCGCUGACGUUGUGGAAGAAGAUGGAAUGUCCGCCGUGGAGUCCUUUGCAGAAAGCAACAGAAUUGCUUCAAGUAACAGUGACGGUGAGGAAAGCCGCUGCGAAGAUUCCAGGUCUGUUGUCGAGAAUGGGUUAACAAAGAAACCUAGAAAUGAUUUAGAGGCCGGCGACAAGCAAGGGAAUCAACCAGUGUUUGGUGCCGCUCUUUUGCAUCGUCUUUAUGGUAUGGCAGCUAGCCCGCGGCAAGACUCGAUCGACGGAGAGGCAGUUGUACACAGUAGCAGCAGAGAUGAGGCAGAGCCAGCCAGAACUGAGAGAUACCAUCCAAGAUCGAUUCUGUUCAGUGGACCACCACAGGUUGGAAAAACUCACGCUUACCUUCAUUUUGUUCGUCUUCUGCACCAAAUGGUUCAGAAACUACGACGAGUGGAUGUGUACGACGAAAGUGUCAGUAUCCCUGACGAGAGCUCUUCAAAAACCACAGCGACCCCCUUAGAGAACGACCAAGAGAGAAUGGCAUGGCCUGUGUAUAAGGAAGUGUCAAAGCUCCCUUUCAAUUGUAUCUUGCGCGAGCACCGAUCCAGUGGAAUUAGCCAGCUUCGCAUCCAUACCUCCAUUGUUAACACUGUUUCUGGAGACUCUGUCGGUCAGCUCCCCUCAAUCAAACUGUCACCUGGGCGACCAACCUGCCCCAUGAUGCUCUCGAACUGGGCAGCGUACGACAUAUAUCACCACUGCGACAGUUGUAGAAAUUACCGUGAAGGAAUGGGUAUGAAUACGGCGUUGAGUUGCGUGUACACACUGCAGUGUGGAGAGAAGCUGCAGUUUCUUAUACCGCAUAGGUGUUUACAUAGCUUUACCUUCACUGAGGAGAAGCAGCUCCGCAGCUUCCGCAUUCCUGUGGUGCUAACAGGAGGCAAUGGGGAGGUCGUGAAGCCGCUAAAGACGGAGUCAGGGGGGACAGUGGGGGUCGUUAAGAGUCCCAUUAUGAUGCCAAGUACAGGAAGGCAUGAAUAUGGCCUGCUAAACCUGUACCACGCAUUUGAAGGUGAGGAUCACAACCUACUUGUGUUUGUUAAACACCAAGAAAUGGCCCUGUAUCAUAAGAGCUGGCCUAAUCACGUGAUUGUUGGGCUUCCCGUGAGCGCUGACACGCAGGGACUGGGAGCCGCACGAUAUUACAUAAAGGAAUUUGCCACGGAUAACUGGCUUGUAGAGCGUGAGCGACAUGCAGUUAAUGGAAAACGCGGCCAGGAUGUGUGGCCGUUUGUUGUCAUGAUGGAUGACUCUUGUGUUAUGUGGCAGAACCUUCUUAAACAGACCAACGUAAGAGAGGAGUCCUCCACCAAGGAGACUGAAGGUCCUUCAUUUGUGAUGACCUCCCUCUGGAGGGUCCUUCAACACUUGGAAAAUACCCCAGACCUUCUAAACUACGGAAUGUUAGGCCUUCAGCAAUAUAGUGCCGACGCCUCGAUACCUGUUUCUCAAGGCUCCUUUUCCCACUGUCCUUUGCACACCACGGUCAUGUUAAACCUGAGUAAGCUGCAGGGGAUCAAGUACAACCCGAACCGAUACUGGUGGGAAGACCUCGAUCUGAGUCUUCAUGUGUUGGCCAGUGGAAUACCCACUUGUCGCUUCAACCACCUGGUCGUUGCAAAGAAACGCAUCCAGACAGGGGGUGCCGUCGUUUUCAAUGAAGAACCAGCCCAAAGUACUGACAAAGGCAGUCCUAACAAAGAACCGCAGCCCGGCGAUUUGCUGGUGACUGCCCCUGACCGCGAGGAUACACCUUAUCUCUCGGUACCCGCCUACUAUCUCCUCGAGCGUUACCUUGGGCUAAUGGGUUCAGUCCGACUCUUCCCCGAGGCUGCGGAUAAACCAGAGCAUCCAGUUCUUGUGGUGGACUGUUAUGUUAAUCUUGGUCCGAGGGUUUGUUUGGAGUUUGUAAGUUCCCAUGGCUGGGAUAAAAGCAAGAAGAACGACAACGAAGGCAUAAGGUACGGUGGUUUGUUGCUUUAUUUCUGCAGUCGCUCAGUGUCAGCGGCCUUCCUGGCGCGAUUCAAGUUCGCCCCAGGCUCUCGCCUUUGCUUGGUGUGCCAAGACCGGAACACGCUCAGACAGGAAGUGGCUCGAUUAGACUUGGAGGAUCAUUGGCGCUUUCGGUUACGGGACGAGUUUCAGACGGCGAAUAGCCCGGAAGAACCUGCGCUAUACUUUCUGACUGGAAGAUAUGAUGCGUAGGAAAACUGAAAACUUCGUAUUUCUAAGAACAGGAUAGAGGCUUAUCGUUCGUGCUCUGGCCUCAGAGCACAAUUAAAUUACGGCCUUACACAUGUCUUCGAUUUCCUACAUUUUACAAGCUCGUUUCCCGAGGUAUCUUCGGCUUCAGAAGAGCCACUGAUCAACCAAGAUGGCGUCCAUGGGUUUUCGCUAGGCAAGUUAACGUUAGUGACAAUGUUCAAAGCUUACAGAGUUCAUCUGCAGAGGAGAAUUUUUUAUUUCGUUUUCCCGGUUAAUUUACCUUCAUGUAAAUAUGUACUUGGUGAUAGAUUCUCUUUCUGUGAAAGAAACUGAAGAAUGUAAUCCUUCUUUC